AUGGCGGUAACUGGCUACUUCCUCGACUAUAACUGGGAGUAUCGGGAGGUUCUUCUUGGCUUUGAGCCUCUUUCCGGUACCCAUUCGGGUCUGAAUCUUACUGAGGUACUGAUUAGGCUCCUCCAACAACACGAUAUUACAGACCGAGUUCUCGCAAUUACCACCGAUAACGCGUCGAAUAACAAUACCUUGGUGAACUUCAUAAAUAAGGCUAUCCAGUCACUUGAGCUAAGUAAUAGCUCUACUAUUAUACGGGUUCCAUGUAUAGCACAUGUUAUCCAGCUUAGCCUAAAGGAUCUCCUUGGUCAAUUGAAAGCAAAUCCAAAAAACGAGAUGGCUGAGAUGGAGUUGUCUGAAUCUCGCAUCCAGUCUCUUCGUGUGACGCAGCAAGAAAGGAAGAUUAUUGACACGUUGAACAAGAUACGCAGCCUGGCGGUUUAUAUCUAUAGCGGUCCCCAGCGUCGAGAGGCCUUCUAUAACCUUCAAACAGAGGAGCCAAAACUUGUUCCUAUCCAGGAUGUCAAGACUCGCUGGAAUUCGACGUUUCUUAUGCUCCGGCGCGCAAAGCGGCUACAGUCUACGUUUGAUGAGUUAGUGCCUCAACUGUCAAUAACUGGCCAAUACGAUGAGCUUUCGCAAUAUCUUAAUAGCGGAACGGUUCGGUCUGGUCCUCGCAUCUUCUGGAAGGAGCACCAGCAUAAAUUCCCAGCGCUUGCAAGCCUUGCCCGCGACGUUCUCUCAAUCCCCGCCACUGGUGCAGGUGUAGAGCGGCUUUUUAACUCUGCACGGGAUAUCUGCCAUUAUCGCCGAGGCUCCCUUAACCCUACGACUAUCCAAGACCUGAUGAUAUUCAUGUGCACAUCCCGGCUCGAUUUUGAGGAUGAACACAGGGCAAUGAGCAAUGAGUAUCUCUCAUGUGAAGAGAUACAGGCGGCUAGUGAGGAAAGGGAUACCCAGGCGAGCGGAUUUGAUCCAAUUAGUGACGACGAGGAAGGGGGAGAGGGGGGUUCCACUCAGAUACGGUGCACAGAUCAAGCUCCUAGUGAACGAAGCCAAGGUAAGCGGCGACUGAGUGUUAGAUCUACACCAGAAGAGGUCAAUGGAGAUGACGAUGAAGAUGCAAGAGUCCUUCCACUACCUGACAUACAGCAGUGCCACGAGUUCCUACUGUUUGUCACGUUUGACUACCCGCGGAAAGACACCCUAGAUUUCCAUGACUCGAAUGCGAAGCGAGCAAAUGUCUUGUCUGCCCGACCUCCCCUACAACAAUACAUUCCACAUGACUACACAAACAAAGAAUUUUUGAAUUCGGAAUUAUAA